CCCAAUUUUAAUUUAACUUUAGAUUUUCAACGUACCAAAAUAAUGGAACCAACCAAAAAAACCCGAACCCUAGUUGGGGUACAUCUUGGGUAUAUGCAAACAUUUUUGAAGUCUACAACCUUCUGCCAGCAAAAAAAACGGAGCAAUGGCAGGAACGGGCACCCAAACCUCUUCAUCAGGCAUCGCUGAAUCCCCAUGCUCUCACCUUCCGGCGGACAUUCUGGGGAUGAUCUCCAAGCGUCUAGACGACGCCGUCGGUAAUCUCCGCCUCCGCUCGGUCUGCUCUACUUGGCGCUCGGCCGUCCCGCUUUCAAAACGUGCUCUUCAUAUCUCGUUCAAAAAGGGCUUCCCCACCUUCAUUGACCCCAACCGCCGCGGCCACUUUUCUCUGUCCAGCAGCACCGUCUACUUACUCCGACCGGCAGCGGGGGCUGCUGAGGGAAACGAUUGUCAGAUUUUUCCGUGGUGGUUGCUUAGGGUGGAAGGGAAAGACGGAUUCAGAAAGUUCCGCCCACUGAGUCCAUUUUCGAGAAUCUUCACGGUCCUCAUGAAGGAUCACUUCCCGAAAGGAUUUCCCAGGGGUGUUAACUUGUUGGAUGUUCAGAUCCACGAAAUCCGUAAGGCUUAUAGUUUGGAUUUUGUGGAAGAUGGCAAGAAGAUUGAGAACAAUCUUCUGCAGACUAGGGCUAGAAAAGUGGUUGUUUCAUCAAGUCAGUGGAGUGCAAAUUCUGGUGAUGGUGAAGGAUUUUAUGCUGUGCUUGGCCUGUUUCGCGCAAAAUUGGGGUUUAUCAAAUCAAAUGAUGAAAAAUGGAGUCAAAUUGAGGAUACUGGGAGGUGUGUAUACGAUGACAUCCUGUAUAGUGAAGUGAAAGGAGUGUUUUAUGCCGUUGAUAUAUCAGGUAGGCUGGUGAUGAUUGAUAGGGACCUCAAGGCUAAAGAGGUUGUAUAUGGAUUUGGCUUCAGUGGAUGUCAAAAGAGGCAUUUGAUUGAAUCAAAUGGAGACUUGUUCAUGGUUGUUGAGUAUGAUGAACCUGAGCUUUACAUGUCAGAUGGUGAGGAUGCCUUUGAAAUUGAUGACUACAGUUUCAAAUACACCAACCUUGAGUUCCCACUUCAUCUGAAGGUGUUCAAACUCAGCAAGAACGAAUGGGAAUAUGUGCCUUCUUUGGGUGAUCAAGUUUUCUUCAUCGGGGACGAUUGCUCCUAUGUUGUCUCAGCCCAGCGUUUUGGAUUGAAAGGAAAUUGUGUUUACUUUACUGCUGACGAUUUCAUGGAUGAGAAUGAGAGUGAUUUAACGAUUGGGAACAUAUGCCCGGAUGCUGGUGUCUUUUGCCUUGAGGAUGGGCGUUGUGCAUCUUUGGCUUCAUCCCCUGAACAUGCUCAGCUUUUCUUGAACUGUCCUGUGUGGCUCAAGUCUCCUCCCAAAACCAAGUCUAAGGCCAAGAGGAAAGGUUCCAAGAAAUGAGAGUAUGGAUUUUCCCCCUCUAUUUGCUCUCUAAACUUGUAAUUUGUUAAAUCCCUCCAUAGUAUCGUUUGUUCUGUUUUCAUCACAAGGGAUGGUACUUGUGAUUUGUGUGUUUGAUUGGUCAUGCAAUGCCAUAUCUUGGUAAUACACUAAGGUAGUGUUUGGGAACUGGUAUUUCAUUUCAAUUCUAAAAUUUGAAUUUUUGAUUUUCAAAUGACAAGGGGAGACGUGGAUUUGCAGUUGAGCUUAGUAAUGAAUUAGAUGGAAUUCG